GAGGUAUUCAGUACCCGGUCCGCCGCUGAGCGGCAAGCGCGUCUCGCGCAACGCAAAUCGGCAACACACACAAAGCAAUAACAAACGUAGCUAAAAACAAGACUGACGGGUCGACAAUAAAUAGUUUGUAAGAGCAAAACAAUGAAGUUAUUUACAAGAUGCAAGCAAGUGAAAGGCUACGUAUCAUCAUAUCGGAAUAUUACAUAAUCGCAACGUGAAAGUCAGUGCAACGCCGACACUGGCCAGCGACACACGCGUCGAAAAAAAAAAUAAAAAAAAACAAAGUGACGUUCGGAAAUUAAAAAGUAAAAUAGUGAGUGGAAAACGCGGGAAAGUGAGGGUGUUUGCUGUACAUCGUUAUAUUUUGUCUGUGCCGCCCGCCGACCAAUGGCGGGGCGUGGACCGCCCCCGCGGGGGGUAUGUCUGGUUCUGCUCGCCCUGUAUGCCGUACCGGCAUCGACGCGGCGAGCGGAGCCAUACUACGGUCGGCCCAUCGGCCGGCUGAACCAGUACGCACACGGCAUUCGUGGACAAGUGUACGCAGUCGACGAGAGCACGGUAUUCGUGCGCGGCUUUGCGUACGACGGUACCGGCCCUGACGCAUACUUCUGGGUCGGAGACACGCCGCAGCCUUCACCUGAGGGUGUACCCAUACCCUAUCCUGAAGAUUAUACUACAAGAGAUCCGCCGAUACUGACGGCUCAUACAAACACAGACAUACUCCUCCGGUUGCCGGGCGGCAAACGGCUGAAAGACAUCAAGUGGUUGUCUGUCUGGUGUCGAAGGUUUACUGUAAACUUCGGCGACGUAUUCAUCCCGCCAGGCCUCGACCCUCCGAGGCCGAGAGUCCUCCCCGAACUGAAGAGGCUCGCGCACGGCCUCCGCUCUGGCAACAUCAGCGUUCUAGACGCCAAAACGUUCUACAUUCCUAAUCUGCAUUAUGAUGGCGCCGGGCCUGACGCGUAUUUCUGGGUUGGCAAUGGAAGCGAACCCAAUCCGUUUGGCACUAAGGUCCCAAGCGAAAGCGGAUCCCUCCACCCCCUCCGCGGCUACCAAGGGGAAGACAUCGAGAUCCAACUGCCCGGGAAGCUAACAGCGUAUGACAUAGACUGGCUCGCUGUCUGGUGUGUGGAGUACCGGCACAACUUCGGACAUGUCUAUAUCCCAAAGGACUUAGAUGUGCCGCCGGCGUUGGGGCAGACGAAAAUUACUACAAGUUCAACUACGUCACAAACCCCCGCUAGCGCUACUAAUAACUGCAAGGAAAUUUUAGACAAAAGGCUGCAGGUCAAAUGGGAACUACAGGGCAACCAAAUACAAAUAACGCUCUCGGCGCGUCUAAGGCGAGAACAAUACAUGGCUUUUGGGAUAUCAGGAGCUGAGGGCAGACCGGCCAUGCUGAACGCUGAUGUGGUGGUUGCUUACUGGGACAACAAAGCGAAUCAACCUAAAGUAGCAGACUACACGAUAAGCCACUUAGCCCAAUGUGACGGAGAGAGAGGCGUGUGCCCCGACGCGAGACUUGGCGGCAGCAACGACGUUGUCGUAGUAUCCGGACAGCAGAAGAACGGCAUAACCACCAUCACCUACCGUCGCCCUCUAGCGGCCAAAGAACCAAACAAGGACAAGGAAGUGCUUACAUCGCGCUCGCAGUCCGUGAUUGCGGCGUUUGGACCUCUCAACUCGCGAUAUGAGGCCAAUGCGCAUUCCUUUAUGGAUACUACUAGAACUGAUGUGCAGCUUGACUUUGGAGCUCAGAACGACCACACGUGCAUCGGUCUAUCAGAGCUGGAUGACGACGGCCCCGCGCCAUGGCCGCCGCGCGUCAUCGCCGGCGUGACCAACUUCACCGCCCGCAUCGGGCCUGCUGGUGGCAAGCGAGGCUACACUCCUAUCACUGGGCAUCCAUCUUGGGGUAUCGCAUGGUACAUCAACGACCAGCUGAUUCCGGAGCUGUAUGUGGAGCGAGGCAAGACGUACACCUUCAUUGUCGAGGGCGGCGAGGAUCAGACCAACCCUGCUAAAUUCCAUCCGUUCUACAUAAGCGACUCAUCCGAAGGCGGUUACGGGCAGAAAAAGCCAGAAGACCAGAACAAGCAGCGUGUGUUUGCGGGAGUGGCGCGCGACAACGAAGGCUACGCGUACCCUACUGCUAUCGGCCGCUACUGUGAAUGGAUACACAAGACAACGGAUCAAUCGGCCGUCUCUGACACGUUCGAGGCCUAUAUGAAGACGCUACAGCUGGAGUGUAAUGAAGGCGAGCCAGGAAUACUCAACUGGACAGUAGCCGAAGAGACGCCUGAUCUGGUGUAUUAUCAGUGCUACACACACAAUAACCUGGGUUGGAAGAUUCACGUACUAGAUCCAGGCCAACCAAUACCACUUCCAGGAGAUCAAAGAGCAAACUCAGCAGCUGUAUACCUACCAACGGUUACAGCAUUGAUUGUCGUUUUAAUAUCCUUUUACAAUAUUGCAUCAAGAUAAGAUUGCAUUGCACAAAUAGCGAGCUCUGUUAAAAAAGUGUAUGAAACGGUAGCUAUUAACAUGAUUAUCUCAAAUUGUAAACUUUGGGAUUUACAAAUUAAAACUAAAUAAACGAGAUUUGCUGUUUCAUAUACGUCGUGGAGAUUGUGAUAUAUUGUUGGGAUAUUAUUAUAAUAUAAGAAGUAACAGAGCUCGCACGAAUUUAUGUACAGGAGUUUUUUAAAUUGGGUAAAUAAUGUCAAUCAGAGUUGAAUCAAUUUCAUAUCAAGUACAUUCUAUAAAUUGCAUUUUGUGCAUUUAUCUUUACGAUUUAGCCUCAAAAUAUAGAUGAAAAUCAAUAGUUUACUAUUGUAAUAAAUAAAUAUCAUAGGAGUAAUGAUUAUACAUUUGUGUAUUUACAUUUUACGGAAUUGAAAAAGCUUACGGCUUGACAAUAAUUACAUUUUAAUGAUUUAAGUAAAAAAGCGUCACAAUAGAAACUUCGACAAUAAAAAUCGGCUAAAUGUAUAAAAAAAUAAGUAGUUAAAUUAAGAUUAUUUUAGGUGCAUGUCUCGUGCUUGACAAUAUUAAUAGAUUUUUAAACGUUUUGUAUAACAACUAUACUUUUAUUAUUGUUAAGUCUACUAUUGUUAGUAUAAAAUAUACGUAUGUGACAAUAAAUACCAUAAAUGGAAUCUAAACCAAUUACUACAUAUAAUACCUAUAUAUGUAAGAGUGCAGCAUUCGUGUUUUAUGCAAUAUAUAUUUUAUAUAGAUGUGAAGAGAAGUUGAUCAUUCAAGAAAAAUAACCUUUUACUAAGGCGAGAACUGAAAUUUACAAGAACGCAGUUUGAAUAAAUCAAUUGAAUAAAUUGUUAAAUCAAUAUCAUUAAAUGUGUCGUAAAACUGUACGAAAUCGAAGGGUUAAAAUUUUCCGCUGCAGGCAUAAUCAAUUUAUAAUAAAUAGUUUUCCUGUAUCGAAAAUGGUUUUACAAAACAAUGAUACUGGAUCGUGUAAUGUAAAAUUUCGUGUAAUGUAAAGUUGUCGUACAGAUUUUAUAAUUACGAGGGUGAUGUUUGGAAGAUGUAUUUGCUAUGAAAACAACAAAAUAAGAGACAAUAAAAUGAAUUGUUAAAUUUAGUAUUUAUGUAAAUUAUUUCUAAAAUAUUUUACGAAUGCCUACUUUAAAUUAAAUGUCAAAUAAGUAUAAAUAAAUUUUUGCUUAGUAAAACUUCUUUUACCUGCAUGACAUCUGACCAUGAUAAGAAGUUUUCUACAAAUAGUGCAUCAUUAUUAGGUCGUCCAAAAUAGUUUAGCUUAGCUAUGGGACAUUUUCAAGUUACCAAGAUGUGGAUUGUUUUGACCUAAGAGGUAUCUAUAUUAUAGCCUUGAAUUACUUCAUAUGUAAUAAAUUUUAAUGUACUGAAUGUUACUCUGACAAUAAAUUUGAAAUCGUCUGAAUAAUAAUAUCUCUAUUAUAAAUUUGAAUUUUAUGUUUGUGCGUUUACGGAUACUAUUUUAGAGAAUUGUUUCAUAUAUAAACUUUUACCUAUUAGAUAUACCUAACGAUACCGUAAGGGAAUAUAUAGACAAUAAAAUAUUAGAAAGUAAUUUUAAAUCAUUUUACACUUCGUAGUCGUAGAUGUUGGAGCACAAAUUUCUGUUAAAUAUAAGAUUUUUUAUAGUAAGUAGUUAAUUAAAUUUGUAACUAAAAAUAACAGAUAUAAAAGGUUUCAAUUAAUGUCAAAGGCAUGUGCUUUAUAUUGUGAAGUCUUUGUGCCUCUGACGCAGAAAUAAGGUAUAUUUAAAGUUACUAACAGCAAAACGGUGCUUAGUUUUGGUCUUAUUUAUCUUAAAGUUAUUCUAAUUUUUCUAGAUAGACGCUUGAGCAUAGUAAAGGACAGCAACUAGAGUCGGACCAAAAAUAGUCUGCAGCGGAAUUGAUAGCCCGCGUAGUGAAAGUGUUAUUUAUACGUCAUAAUUUCAUUGAAGUUUGACGUUUAAAAUAACACAUGCACUGAGUGGGCUAUCAACUCCGCUGCAGACUUUUCUCGGUCUGACUAUAACAUCAUCGAUAUAAAACCGUUGAAAUUAGAAAUGAAAAUGUAGUUUAUUGAUUUACUUAGUAUUUCUAGAGUUAUAAAAUAAAUCAUAUACAUUUACAUGGUUUUACUGCUUGCCAGAGGUUCGUGAUUUUUUACUAUUCCAUUUGGAAACGAUACUCAUAACAGAAAUUACAAUGAUCUUUUAUAAUGAAUCAAUAAAUAAAUCAACCUUCUCAAUAAUAAAAGGAAAAUCUGUGUUUAUUACAAUGAACCUACAAAAUAAGUGAUACUAAACAGUAAAAGACUUUUUAUUCUGUGAAUUAGAUACAUUUAUACUUUUUAAACGCUAGAAGUUUCUUAUUAUGACAUUAAAUAAAUGGACAUUAUCUUUUCAAGCCCCUUCCAAAAAAAAUAUUCACAAUUAUUUUUAAACGGACGCUAGGUACCUACCUACCUAUUGUUAUAAAGAUUAAACAAUAAUAAAUCUCAUUAUUCCAUCACAGAAACGUACAAUACUUACUAGCGAUAGCUAUUAAUAUUUUAUACUUUCUUACGUAGUUUUGAUUUACGCGUUUUUAUAUAUUUGCUAUUUUUUAACAUGUAAAACAAAAGACAGCGCAUCUUUAAGUUAUAAUAAAAUAGUAUGAAUGAAGCUUAUAUUGUAACAGCGAAAAUUAAAAUUAGUCUCUAGUUUUCAUUAAAAAAAAGCAGCAGCUGAUUUUGAUAACUGUAUAUAUUUAUCCUAAGUAUAGUUAACAAUAGGUACUGUUUGGCUACUCAUUGCUGUUACUUGUGUAAUUUAUGAUAACUUUGACAAUAAACACCUUUUCCUAAACUAUAA